GAUUAAGUACCUUGUCAUCAGAUAAGUCGAACAUGGCAAAAUCCCUGUCACUCUGAGCAAUUAGAUCAGAGUACAGCCCCAGCCCUUCCUGACGCGGGCAGCAAUUUUUCAGAAGACGCGUUUCGGUAUUAAUGAAAGACCAUGAAGUCCUCUUGGGUAUUUCUAAUAUAUGUGCUCUGUCUGAAUGGUCACCAGUGUGCACCGACAAGGCAGGAGGAAACAAAUCUCCGGGACAGCCUCAAGAUGUUAUCUGAAGUUGGAGAGAAAUAUGUAGAUGAUGAGGUAAAGAAAGCUUUGAUUGGUAUUAAGCAGAUGAAAAUUAUGAUGGAAAAAAAUGAAGAUAAGCAUGUAGAUCUGAUGAAGACCUUGAAGAAGAGCAGCGAAGAAAAACAGGAAGCUUUGCGAAUUAUGGAUGAAGUAAAGGAAAGAUUAGAAGAAGAAGAAAGGCUAUGCCAAGUAUCCGUGAAAAAUCUAUGGGAUGAAUGUGAAUCUUGUUUAGAAAGUACCUGCAUGAGAUUUUCUACAACUUGCAGACGUGGUGUGUCAACAUUUAGAAGCAAGGUUGAAGAUUUUUUGAGGAAAAUACCUAUGCUUAUUUUUACUUUUCAUGAUGAUCAAGGAAAAGACAUCCAGGUUAAUGAAAAGCCUGAGAAAGAGGAUACCCAGCUAGUAAAAAUGGAAGAUUUAUUUAGCCAACUAUUAUCGGAUAUGGGCUCAAUAUUUGACAGAAGUUUCAUUUUUUUCAAGCACAUGCAAAAAGAAUUUGACCAGUCUUUUCAAGCGUAUUUCAUGUCUGAUCUGGAUUUGAACGAGUCCCCCAGCAUGCCUGCUUUACCUGAGGACACUACCAGAAGUGAUGGCUUACAGAAAGACUGGGGCAUACCGGGCUUCCUACAGACAGUCUUUGAUUUCAGCAAGACGGUGUUUGAAGGUGUCAGUGAGGUGAUUACUGAAGUAUUUGAUGAAUACAAAGAUAAUAGAAGAGAUUUGACAGAACAAGCCAAAGAUUCUGACAGAAGUGGCAUGUUCUCCAAAAUUGUGUCAGGACGUCAAAGAACUCUGUGCAAAGAGCUUCGAGAGAAUUCCUCCGGAUGCACACACUUUCACGAGAGAUGUCAGAAAUGUCAAGACAAUCUUUUGCAUGAUUGCCCAAAUGUUCCCGAACUGCACAUCAAGUUUGAUGAAGCCUUUAAACUGGUUAAUCUCUCUGGUGAGCAGUAUGAGCAGAUUCUCCAGAUGGUUCAGCGCCAUACAGAAGACACUUCCUACUUGUUGAACAAGAUGAAAGAAAGAUUUGGGUGGGUCUCUGAGUUAUCCAAUACGACCAUUGGACCAGAAAACAUUUUCAAUAUAGUUAAGGUGGUACCUGGGGAUCCCUCUGGUGCAAAUGAAACUGUGGUAGAUGUGAAUAUUCUGACUUCGCCUACUUUCACCAUUAAAGUUCCUCCCAACUUAGACCCACAGAGUGCUGAGUUCAUUGAAUACAUAGCUGGAAAAGCACUGCAGCUAUACAAGCAGAAUUUUUAAGUGGAAAGAAGAUGUGUGAAAUCUUACUUCCUGAAAUCCAGUAUACUCUCCUUAGGUGAAAUACUCCUUAGCUCAAUGUACAGCUAAUUGUUAAAUGCCUAUGGUUAAAGUAGUGGCAUAUAAACACAAUUUUGCUUAAUAAAUACCAUGACGUAUGAGCUAGCAACUGAUGACUGUAGCAAUCUUUUAACUGGAAAACAAAUUCAAGCCCAU